CUAGGGUUUCUUCAUCUAUCUCUCCGAAGAAGAAGAUGGUUUGCGAUAAGUGUGAGAAGAAGUUAUCGAAAGUGAUAGUUCCAGAUAAGUGGAAGGAUGGUGCUCGUAAUGUAACUGAAGGUGGUGGUCGUAAAAUCAAUGAGAACAAGCUUCUCUCUAAGAAGAAUAGAUGGUCACCUUACAGUACCUGUACCACAAAAUGCAUGAUCUGCAAGCAGCAAGUGCAUCAAGAUGGUAAAUACUGUCACACAUGUGCCUAUAGCAAAGGAGUGUGCGCAAUGUGCGGAAAGCAAGUGUUGGACACCAAGAUGUACAAGCAAAGCAAUGUAUAAACAAUUCCGCAAGCAUUUCACAUUUUAGUUUCAGUCCCUUUGAUGUCAACUUUGUACAACCGGGACGACUUAUCCUCUCACUCAUGUAUUCCUUUGUACCGGUUUCCUUCAGUUUUAAUAUAACAAAACAAAAUCUUGUUUGUUCACUGUGUUUCUUGACUAAUCAUAAAGUUCUAAUGUUUUG